AGGAUCAGUAAAUUAAAGGUUGACUGGGGAAAAAUUGGAUUGAACAAGAGUGGUUGGCACAAACAAGUGCAUUUUUCAUCUCUAUAAUGAAGAAAAGCAGAAGUGUCAUGACGGUUACAGCAGACGAUAUUGCUAAAGAUUACUUAGAAUGUGGCCUGAGCAAGUCAUACAGUACUUCUAGUAAUACCCUCGGCAUAGAUCUCUGGAGAGGAAGAAGGUGUUGCUCAUGUAAUUUGCAGUUACCACCACUGUCUCAGAGACAAAGUGAGAGAGCUAAGACACCUGACGGAGACAUCAUCUCUAGACCAACAACUUUGCCUUUGCUGACACCACCAAGUAUUGCCAUCACCACUUACCAGGACUGCUUUGAUGUGGAAAAUGGCCCAUCACCAGGUCGCAGCCCGUUGGACCCCCAGGCCAGCUCUUCUUCAGGACUUGUAUUGCAUACCACGUUUCCAGGCCACAGUCAGCGUCGGGAGUCCUUUCUCUACAGAUCAGACAGUGACUAUGACUUAUCACCAAAGACUAUGUCUAGGAACUCCUCCCUUCCAAGUGAGCAACAUGGAGAUGACUUGAUUGUUACACCUUUUGCACAGGUCUUGGCAAGUUUACGGAGUGUGAGGAAUAACUUUACGUUAUUGACAAAUUUGCAUGGAACAUCAAACAAGAGGUCUCCAGCAACAAGUCAGCCACCAGUCUCCAAAGUUAGCCUGCAAGAAGAAUCUUAUCAAAAAUUAGCAAUGGAAACUCUGGAAGAGUUAGAUUGGUGUUUAGAUCAACUUGAAACCAUUCAGACUUACCGAUCCGUCAGUGAGAUGGCAUCUAACAAGGUAAGCCAUGGGAGAACUACUUAUCCAUUCAGUUCUCAGGAGGUGAGUAACAUGAGUCCAAGCCUACUGCGUGAACAUGAAAAUUCAGACUCUCUUCUAAGCUAUGAUAAUCAGGCCUGCCAAGAACUGACACACCUCUCAGAGAUGAGCCGGUCGGGGAACCAGGUGUCUGAAUACAUUUCAAACACUUUCCUGGACAAACAAAAUGAUGUGGAGAUUCCCUCUCCCACACAGAAAGACAGAGAGAAGAAGAAGAAACAGCAGCUUAUGACACAGAUCAGUGGAGUGAAAAAAUUAAUGCAUAGUUCAAGCUUAAACAACACCAGUAUUUCACGGUUUGGGGUGAAAACAGAAAAGGAAGACCAUCUGGCCAAGGAGUUGGAGGAUCUGAAUAAAUGGGGUCUUAACAUAUUUAAUGUUGCAAGAUAUUCACACAGCCGGCCCCUCACCUGUAUUAUGUACGCCAUUUUUCAGGAGCGAGAUCUAUUAAAAACAUUCAAAAUCUCAUCUGACACCUUUAUAACUUACAUGAUGACGUUGGAAGACCACUAUCAUUCUGAUGUCGCCUACCAUAACAGCCUUCAUGCUGCUGAUGUUGCCCAGUCGACACAUGUUCUUCUUUCUACCCCUGCACUAGAUGCUGUCUUCACAGAUUUGGAAAUCCUUGCAGCAAUUUUUGCAGCUGCAAUUCAUGAUGUAGAUCACCCUGGUGUCUCCAACCAAUUUCUUAUUAAUACGAAUUCUGAACUAGCUCUGAUGUACAAUGAUGAAUCUGUCUUGGAAAACCACCAUCUUGCUGUGGGUUUCAAGCUGCUCCAGGAAGAGCACUGUGAUAUCUUCCAGAACCUUUCAAAGAAACAGCGUCAGACUCUCAGGAAAAUGGUGAUAGACAUGGUGUUGGCAACAGAUAUGUCCAAACAUAUGAGUCUUUUGGCAGACCUAAAGACUAUGGUGGAAACUAAGAAAGUGACAAGUUCAGGAGUUCUCCUUUUGGAUAACUACACAGAUCGUAUACAGGUUCUCCGAAAUAUGGUGCAUUGUGCAGACCUGAGUAAUCCCACAAAAUCCCUGGAAUUAUAUCGACAGUGGACAGACAGAAUCAUGGAGGAAUUUUUCCAGCAGGGAGAUAAAGAACGAGAGAGGGGAAUGGAAAUUAGUCCAAUGUGUGACAAACACACAGCAUCAGUGGAAAAAUCACAGGUUGGGUUCAUUGAUUACAUUGUCCAUCCACUUUGGGAGACCUGGGCAGACCUAGUGCAGCCUGAUGCACAAGACAUCCUGGAUACGUUAGAAGACAAUAGAAACUGGUACCAGAGUAUGAUACCUCAAAGUCCCUCCCCUCCCCUUGAUGAACGGAAUAGAGACUGUCAGGGUCUAAUGGAGAAGUUCCAAUUUGAACUGACUCUUGAAGAAGAGGAUUCAGACGGACCUGAAAAGGAGGGCGAGAAUAUCAGCUAUUUCAGCAAUACAAAGACACUGUGUGUGAUUGACCCAGGCAAAAGGGAAUCACAAGAAGAGUCUAAUAUAGAAAUUGUGACAGAAGAUAUGUCACCUGUUGAUACAUAAUGUACUGUAUGUAGCUGAACUUUAAACACUUAAUGAGCAUGCAAGCUGUCUUGUAGGACUAGCCUGCAAUCUAGGUCUUAAGCCCGUGUCUAACAUUGGCUAAAAGAUCUUCCCAGCUACUUGAGAUUGGAGUCCAGGUUAAAGAUUGUGUAUGGAAUGAUUGCUCAGGAAAUUAACAGAUGAUUUACAUUGUCGUUUAAGCCUUGUCAUCUAAAACAUUGUGUUGUUCCAGAGCCAGCUUGAAUUGUUACUGAACUGGUUGAAAGUGAAUGACACAGAACUGAGAGAUUUUAUACUGUUAGGGUUUGGGAAUUUAUACCAGUUAGACAGAUAGAAACUACUGACUAGUAACUCUACAUAUAAAACCUGUCCACCUAACCACCUGUCUGCAGACCUGUGUGCCUUUUUUGUAAACACUUUCAUGUCUUUUCAAGAGCCUAUUAAAUACACAAAGUUUAGUAUAAAACUCUACACAAUGUGUUUCAAAAUUGGUGGAUACUUUUUUGAUUCUUCCUGUUAAAAGAAAUAGUCUUCCUUCUCUCAUGGGCAAUAUCUGUCACUUUAUUGCAGUUCAUCAUUUUUACAGGCUACAUAGAAGGGGUACCCCCAAUUUUGCAUCGCUACACCUUUAACAGUCACGUUAAAUCUCCAGAUGACCAUUUAAAGUCAUUUCAUGACUUGCACGUCUUUUCUGUUUGCUUGCUACAUGCAACAGUAUUUUUUUCCUCAGUGGGGUUCACUUUUGUUGUGCACAGGAUAAAGGGUAGUUCUGUUUUUCUAGCACAAUGCAGUACAUAUACAAUUAAGUGUAAUAAGGCAGUGUGUGAUGUGCGUUCUCCCUCUUGGCGGCUCCUUUGCUCAGUGGAAAUUGCACGUUCCAAUCUUUGUGUUUCUCUCACUUGUAGUUCAUAUUUCCUAGGUUUAGUUCCAUUAUUUUUCUCCUGCACUGCCUUGAGCUCUAACACAUCCAUUACUGUUUAUAACAGUGUAUUUAUUACUUACUGUAUAUAAUGUAAUGUUUUGUAAGUUAUUAAUUUAUAUAAAUUAACAUUACCUGUCAAUGGUGGUGUUAAUUGUGUAGAAAACUCUGGAUAAGAGUUGCCUUUUUUUUCCUUGUAGCCUUUUGUAUUGCAUAAAAUAGAAGAACCUGAACAUAGCGUAAGAGACAUACGGAACCCAUAAAGGGCAUUCAGGUGGCAUUAGCUCACAGGAGUUUUAUCUUCAUGAUGAGAUAAGAAAAGUUGUGUCGUAUGACGGGGUGAGGGAGAAUAGCAUGAGCUGUUUAAACUACUAAACCUCUGAAAAAGAAACCCCCUGUGAAUGCUGCCAACUAUUAAAUGUCAUGUUCUGAUAUAUGAACAACCCAAUGUGAAUUUCUAUGACAAAAUGUGAACUGAUGUAAUAAUUGUGCUGUGAAGCUUCUUCUGACAAAGCUUGUUAGGCAUCAUUGAUGGUGUCAGUUUGUAAAAUAUAUUUCAAGCUUUUGGUCCAACUUGUGACUAAAUAGUUGAUGAGACUAGCACAGUUGUGCAUGAUCAAUGGGUUUGUAUGUCUGUUGAACACUGCAUUGUUCCAGGUGGUUAUUUUAUUGUUUUCAAAAGUUUCACACAAUGUAUGUUAUAGUAUUAUAUAUUGUGUUCAGAUGCAUUCUUAAGAGAUUUUUAUAUGAAGUGAAUAAAUGAAAGC